AACUUUAGUACAUUGUCUCAGGCUGUUUUGCUUACAGUGAGUCAGGAGCUCGAAAAGGAGCGAAGUCGACCGAGAAUUCAGCUUAUAAUAACAUAUAACGCCGUUUAGUUCAUUUUUACCACAUUCAAGUCCAGUUAUGCCAUCCGACAGACCCUUCAAACAGAGACGGAGCUUUGCUGAUCGUUGCAAGGAAGUGCAGCAGAUACGAGAGCAGCAUCCUAAUAAAAUUCCGGUGAUUAUUGAGAGGUAUAAGGGAGAAAAGCAACUUCCCGUCUUGGACAAGACCAAGUUCCUCGUCCCUGACCAUGUUAACAUGAGUGAGCUGGUAAAGAUAAUAAGACGCAGACUGCAGCUCAACCCCACCCAGGCCUUUUUCCUUCUUGUCAAUCAGCACAGCAUGGUCAGCGUGUCCACCCCCAUUUCUGAGAUCUACGAACAAGAGAGAGAUGAAGAUGGCUUCCUCUACAUGGUUUACGCCUCCCAGGAGACCUUUGGUUGCUAAGCAGGCCUCUCGACCUUUGAGGGAGGGACAGACGUCAACAGGAAGCAGGUUCACCCAAAUGUACCCGUUUCUCUCGCUCCACCCUCCCUGCUCCUCCCAUACCGGUAUGAAACAAAAAUAAAACCGUUGAUUUUCUCCACGUGACACUACAGUGCAAACCACAGCACAUCUGUAAACACUAUUCAGACCCUUCGUCCCAUUUUAAACGUAGUUGUUUUUUUUUUAUUACACUGUUAAUACUUUGUAUUUGGCCCUAGUUGUUUUUUCCCUUACAUUUUAUUACUUUAAAGUCCGUUAUGUUGAAUAAGUAACACAUGUUGCUGUAAAUAGACGAGUGUUUUUUCUUCAUUUUAGGAUUAAUUUUAGAAUUUAAUUGUUUUUUCUGUCCGUUUCCUUGUAGUAAUUUGCUGUUACCAGACCUUAGGUGCUGGUGUAAGAUUAUAAAAUCUUACUUCAGAAUUAAGUGCUUAUUAAUCAGAAUGCAGCAUAAUUCCUGUCAGACUCAUUCUGUGGUUCCCAAAACAAAACUGUUCUCCAAAGGUGCAAUUAUAAAAAUUAAUUGAACUAUCUUUGGUUUCUGAAGCUAUUAUGAGCCUGUGUUUAUUUCUGGGCUCCUGUGUAAAAAUAACUCAUCAUUCACUCAUUGUAGAAUAAUAAAGAAACUGCCUGAUGGUAACUGUACUCAAAAGCCACAUUGAUCUGUACUGUACACAUGUGAGCCAGAAGAACAUCUGAGAUCUUUUGGCACACAGUAUUCUGCAGUCAGCCUCACGUAAUCGUCAGUAGAUGCGAAUAAAUUGCUUUUUUUGCACAGAAGACAAAACUAUUAGCACAUAAUUAUAUACUUUUUUUUUUCUGUCACCAUACGAGCUGUAUGCCUUCUGUUAAAUCUCAGAUGAAGGGAUUGUGAUGCACUACUUUGCAUGUUUUUUCUCAACCUUUUUUUUUUUUAUAUUGAUUUAUGCUAUAGAUUUGUUAAUUAUUUCAGAUUAAUUUAAAGCAAAAAAACCUGAAAGACUUUUUAGAUGUUUUGAAACCAAAAGAAAAAAACUGAAAUAUGUAUGUCCAUGUAUGUUUGAAAUGUUUGAAAACGUGUGUGUAUAAAUCAUUGUAUGAAAUGAU